UGUAUUGUCAAAAUCAGCUGCCAUUGCUAUAGCGUGCCAUUCCACUAGCUUGCUUGUGACUUUUCUUUUCGUUCUGCUUAGUUACUUUACUUAGUUUUUCCACCGAACCGCGGCCCGCCACUGCUGAAAUUUCAUUCAACUUCUACGGUUUCUCUUAUUCUCUGUAUUUAGAGAGUCGCAUAGUCGUAGUACAUAGACGUUGUAUUCGUCUCUUCCCGCAGAAUAAGCGGUUCCGGUGACUAUUAUCGAGUCGUACAUCUUAGGAUAAGAGACCUAAGAAGCGGCGAUUCGAGACUAUCGUUAAUCAGGAUUUAGAAGAUCGAGUUUCCUACCUGGGACUAAAUAAACAGAGAAAACGCGCGAAUUUGGUGUGAUCGCGCUAAAUGCAGUGGUCGAAGGAGGGAUGGACCCAUCAAUGUUUGUUGCGUAUAAUCCUCAUACAAAUGGCGUUCCACUAGAGUCCAAACUUGCUACCUACAUGAAUCGACACAGUCAAGGAGUAGUUCUAAAUACCCCCGCACUUACAAAACAUUUGGCGGGCCUUACUUUGGAUUCGCAGAAAAAGGUAACUGCUAGUCCAGAAUUUGUACCAGGAAGGUGUCUUAAUAACAGCAGCAGCAGCAGCUCUCCGAAUCUUUUCAAUAAUUCUUAUCAUUCUCAAGAAAAUGUGGGUGGUACGACUUAUUUUUACCUUGGGAAUGCUGCCAGCGAGUCUGUGGGAACGGAGGAAGGAACUGAAACUAUUGGAACUGCAGGAACAAGUCAGAUAGGAUACGUCUAUCCGGGCACGCCCUCGCAUCUGCAACCUGUGAAACCAGCGAAACCUCCAUCGUCCAAUAACUCGUCAGCUCCGUCGACUCCGCCGCCUCAGGCAACGCCUAGUUUCUUUAUCAGUGAGAGCUUACGAAUGGACAUUCUUCAAAAGAAUGCGUUAACGUUAGCACAACCCGACAUUGCACAGUUCCCCGACUUACCAGACGAGGUAGACAAUUACCAUGAAUUGUGUCCGCUAGAACCGAUUCAUAAACCUGCCUCAACCAUGCUUGGGUACCAAACUUCAACGUACAAAGCUACGAGCAUCAAAAGUGGUACAAGAUACUGUUUGCGUCGCAUACACGAUUUCAGACUUGCCAACACAAAGUGUAUGGUGCUGGUAGAUAUGUGGAAACGAUUAUCGCAUACCAAUUUGGUACAGUUGAGAGAAGUUUUCACUACCAAGGCCUUCGGCGAUCAUUCCAUGGUAUUUGUCUACGACUAUCAUCCUGGCUCCGAAACAUUACUGAACAAGGAUUUCUCGGCGACCGAAUUAAAUGGCUACACGGAUCCGUUCUCGUCGGAUCCAAACGCGCCUCGGCCAUACAGUCACACGAAGAACACGAUCCUCAGACAACAACAAAGUAGUAUGUUACCAGAGAGUGUAAUCUGGAGCUACAUAAUUCAAUUGACCGCCGCCGUUCGAGUUAUACACGCUGCUGGUUUGGCUUACAGAUGUUUAGACCCAACAAAAGUGUUGCUCACGUCGCGGACAAGACUUCGUUUAAGCUGCGCCGCUAUACCAGACGUGGUCACAUUCGACGGGAACGCUGCCACACCACUCUCGCUAAUUCCACAUUACCAGCAAGAGGAUCUAAUUGCCCUAGGGAAAUUGGUGUUGGCUUUAGCGUGUCGCAGCCUCCUUGCCGUCCAUCGCGACAACAUGCAAGCCUCUCUCGAACUCGUCGCACGUACCUAUUCCACGGAUUUACGGAAUCUUAUAUUGUAUCUACUUUCCAAUCAAACACGAAGGAGCGUGACGGAUCUCAUGCCAAUGAUCGGAGCCCGAUUUUAUACGCAAUUGGACGCCGCUCUACUGCGAUCCGACGAGAUGGAAGAUGAGCUUGCCAAAGAGCUCGAGAACGGCAGGUUAUUCAAAUUGAUCGUGAAACUGGCCACCAUCAACGAAAGACCCGAGCUUAAUAUGGAACCGACAUGGGCAGAAACGGGUGACCGAUACAUGCUCAAAUUGUUUAGGGACUACGUGUUCCACCAGGUACUGGCCGAUGGAAGACCAUGGCUGGACAUGGCACACGUUGUAUAUUGUUUAAAUAAGUUGGAUUCAGGAUCUCAGGACAAAAUAUGUUUGACGUCGCGAGAUGGACAAAGUGUAUUGGUAGUAAGCUACGCCGAGUUACGGCAAUGCUUGGAAACCUCGUUUGGAGAACUGGUACAAUCUGCGAAGGAAACUGUCUAGGUCUGUGUCGCGUUAUUUUUUCUUCCUCAUCGAACCGACCAGACAGUACAUACUCCGAACCAUAAAUGUGAUAUCACCAGUUAGCGGUACUACCAUUUUAAACUUUAUCAAGAGACAUAGGACAGUGAGAGACGUGGUCCGAGAUUCGAAUCAUUAGUGAGAGAGAGAAAGAGAGAGAGAGAGAGAGAUACCAGACCGAAUGUAUUCUGGUAACUGCCAUUCGACUGCAACAUAUGUGCGCGUGUGUGUGAGAGUGCAAGGUGACAAUUGUAAAUCUGAAGAAAAUCAACCGGCCGAAUUUUUGCUGCUGACGUACUACGCAAGGAAACAAAGUAGGGAAUACAGAACAGAACGUGUAUACAACUUAAUAAUGCAAUGAAGUCUUAAGAGGUCUCUUAAGAACACCUAAACACAGUCUGUGUAUAGAAUAGAUCUUAGAUUUUAGGAUACAACUGUAAGCAUUAAUUUUGAAAUAAAUGUUUAUUUUUGAAAGCAAUCUUAA